AUGAAACUCCACUCAUUGAAAGUGCUUGUGAGGCAUGUUUUCUUUGUCUUGCAGGCAACUUGCGUGCUGGUGCUUGCUUGCUUAUUGGUCGGCAUCAUCAAGCAUAUCGAGCAUAAUGCACAGGCUUAUAAUGUUCUACCGACUUCCCCUCAAAUUAGGUUGAUCAGUCUUGUUCUCAAGGACUGCAAGGUGGCAUUCAUCCUCCUCAUUGUAAUGAUUGGUAUUAUGGGCUUCUUCGUUUUCAGUUAUAUUUUCGUAAUGCAUAGUUCGGGAAGACGAGAGAUGCAUUUGUGUAAUACAUUGAUCAAGCAAAUGGAGGCCACCCAACAAGCAGAGAGAAAGAGCAUGAAUAAGAGCCUUGCAUUUGCUACUGCAAGCCAUGACAUUCGUGCUGCUCUAGCCGGAAUCACAGGUUUGAUUGACAUAUCUAAAGAAGAAGUUUCCCCAGGUUCCGAGUUGGAGACAAAUUUAAGGCAGAUGGAAACUUGUGCAAGAGAUCUCUUUGGUAUAUUGAACUCUAUUCUUGAUACGAGUAAGAUUGAAGCUGGGAAAAUCCAACUUGAAGAAGAGGAAUUCGAUGUGGCGCAACUUGUUGAAGAUGUAGUUGACUUGUAUCAUCCUGUGGGUUUGAAAAAAGGCAUAGAUGUGGUGUUGGAUCCUCACAAUGGCUCUCUAAUUAAGUUUCCGUGUGCGGUAGGCGACAGGGGAAGACUUAAGCAGAUAUUAUGUAACUUAGUAAGCAAUGCCGUCAAAUUUACCUCGGAGGGACAUGUCACAGUCCGUGCUUGGGUCGAAAAACCCAGCUUUAAGAACUCAAUAGCUGCUUCUGGCAAGGGCAAUGGUGUUGCAAGACAAUUGUUGUACUUGUUUAACCACAACAACAAGGCACAAGCAGACAUGGGAACAAUGAAGCAUGACCCAAAUGCCUUGGAAUUUGUUUUCGAGGUGGAUGAUACAGGGAAGGGAAUUCCAAAGGAAAAGCAAAAAUCAGUGUUUGAAAACUAUGUCCAAGUUAAAGAAACGGCUCUUGGAGAAGGAGGCACUGGCUUAGGACUUGGCAUUGUUCAAUCUCUGGUACGUUUGAUGCAUGGAGAAAUAGGAAUUGUGGACAAGGAGAUGGGCGAAAGAGGCACAUGUUUUAGGUUUAGUGUUCUAUUAACUUUACGUGAGAAUGUCUCGAAGGAUAGCACGAAAGAAGUGGACAUUGAAAUGGGAUUUGGCCCAGGUGAUUUGGGGAUACUAGUCACUCACACUCCGAGUACUCCCGGAUUGAGCAUUCACACGCCAAGCCCCAGGUUGAACAUGCGAACCCCAUGUAGUACUCCUAAGGUUGAUGGAUCAGGAUCAUCCGUCGUCUUGUUGAUUAAGAAUGAAGAACGUCGCAGAAUUUCCCAAAAAUUCAUGGAAAACCUUGGGAUAAAAGUAUUCGUGGCAGAACAAUGGGAACAACUUUCUCAAACUCUAGAGAAAGCAACUAAACACAAGGGGGGUUACCAUUCUUGUCAUCAUAGCUCUUCAAGAAUAUCUGAGGUGGGUUUGCAGGACUGCUUGAGCAAAUCCACGUCAUGCAACUCUAGCAACAGAGUAAACGAGGUGCCUUUGAUCAGCGCAAUGGACGGGAGUGGAACGGAAAACAACAGCAGCAACAACAACAUGCUCCCUCUUUCUCUCUUUAAAAAGACGAGCCUUCGAGGUGCAACGGGGUUUGUGUUAGUAGUGGUUGAUGCCACAGCUGGACCCUUUUCAGAACUAUGUAAGAUUGUGACUGAAUUCAAAGCGGAUCAUCACCAGAAUAGUACUAGGAAUUGUAAUUGGUGCAGGGUUGUAUGGUUAGCAAGUCAUAGCAUCAAUUUGAAUGAUCGUAAUAUGUUUGAUCCAGAGGAUGUAAUCAAACACAAGGCGCUUCAUGGUAGCCGCCUAUACGAAGUGGUGAGACUUCUUCCGGAGUUUGGGGGUGCAUUACCUAAGAGAAGGGCCACAAUUCAGCAGCUUCCACACCAGGUUGGAAAAGCGUCUAGAGCUCCUGCUAGUUCCUCAAUAUCACAUCAACAUCGGUCAUAUAAUUAUCAGUUCGAUCAUUCAACUGAUGAUGAAAUUGAAGUAUCGCAAGACCAUAAUAAUAUUGGUGGUAGUUCAGGUAAUGAGAAACCUGGCAAGAAAAUAUUUUCACCAACGCUGACUCACCAAUAUCUGUCUCAUGUUGACUCCUCCACAUCAAGAAACUCACAGAUUCUAGUUCCUCCUAGAGAUCAAACACAAGAACAUGUCAGCGAUCCGAACAGGCCCUUGAUUGGAAAGAAAUUUUUGGUUGCUGAUGACAUAGAAUUGAACCGCAAGCUAGCUCAAAUUAAUUUGACAAGGCUGGGUGCAACUGUGAAGCUUUGUGGAAAUGGAAGAGAAGCUCUUGAUCUCGUUCGUGGUGCUCUAGCGAAUCAAGGGAAACAUGGAUUCGAUUAUAUACUAAUGGAUUGUGAGAUGCCGGAAAUGGAUGGGUUCGAAGCAACAAGGCAAAUAAGGAGAGAAGAGAAGCCUUAUAAUCUUCACAUUCCCAUCAUUGCAUUGACUGGUCACGCAUCGGGAGAGGAAAGAAGCCGGAGGAUGGAAGCUGGCAUGGACGAUCGUUUGAGCAAACCGUUUCAAAGGGAACAACUGCUUGAAAAAACGAGACGCAUUGAUAGAAACAAAUUAAAAGAAAAAUGUUAG